UGAGGACUGAGCAGCUGCCAAGUGAGUUCUUCAUGAAAUAAAGUACAGACAAGAUUUUCUACAGGACUGGGAACUUGGACCUGUUACCUUUUCAGCUACCCAGGAAACCAGGCAGUGCUACCUACGGAGGACAAGGGAGGGCAGUGACGCUGAAUGAAAGUAAAGACCCUGGAAGAUAAGAUGUGCUGAGCAUCAGGGGCUUGGGAGAAGCUUCAAGCUGCUAAAGAUGGAAAAUAAAACAGGAGGUGAACUGAACCAGACACAACUUCAGACCCGAGCUUUGGUAUCCCUAGAAUACCAAGUGGUCACUAUCCUCUUAGUUCUCAUCAUCUGUGGACUGGGCAUUAUAGGCAACAUCAUGGUGGUGCUGGUGGUAAUGAGAACCAAACAUAUGAGGACCCCAACUAACUGUUACCUGGUGAGCCUAGCAGUCGCUGACCUUAUGGUGCUGGUGGCUGCAGGUCUCCCCAACAUCACUGACAGUAUCUAUGGUUCCUGGGUCUAUGGCUAUGUAGGAUGUCUCUGUAUAACAUAUCUCCAGUACUUGGGCAUUAAUGCUUCUUCUUGUUCCAUCACAGCAUUUACAAUUGAGAGGUACAUAGCUAUCUGCCAUCCCAUCAAGGCCCAGUUCCUCUGUACCUUUUCAAGAGCUAAAAAGAUCAUUAUCUUUGUGUGGGCUUUCACCUCCAUUUAUUGUAUGCUUUGGUUUUUCUUGCUUGACCUCAAUAUGGUCACUUACAAAGAUGCCACUGUCGUGUCCUGUGGCUACAAAGUAUCUAGGAAUUACUACUCACCCAUCUAUCUUAUGGACUUUGGCAUAUUCUAUGUUGUACCUAUGAUUCUGGCCACUGUCCUCUAUGGACUCAUAGCUAGGAUACUAUUCUUGAAUCCCAUUCCUUCAGAUCCUAAAGAGAGCUCCAAGACAUGGAGAAAUGACCCAACUUAUCAGAAGAAAAAUGUGAAUGUUAAGACAGCCAGCAGAUGUUUCAAUAGCACCAUUUCUUCUCGGAAGCAGGUUACCAAGAUGCUGGCAGUGGUUGUGAUUCUAUUUGCCCUGUUAUGGAUGCCUUACAGGACCCUGGUUGUGGUCAACUCAUUCCUAUCCAGCCCUUUCCAAGAAAAUUGGUUCUUGUUGUUCUGCAGAAUCUGCAUUUACCUCAACAGUGCCAUCAACCCAGUGAUUUACAACCUCAUGUCCCAGAAAUUCCGAGCCGCCUUCAGGAAGCUCUGCAACUGCAAAAAGAAGCCUUCAGAGAAGCCUGUCAACUACAGUGUGGCCCUGAACUACAGCGUCAUCAAGGAGUCUGACCACUUCAACACAGAGCUUGAAGAUAUCACAGUCGCAGACACUUUUCUGGCCACCACCAAAAUGUCCUUUGAUGAUACAUGUUUGUCUUCUGAGGUAACAUUUAGCUGAACUUGAGUCAUAAUAUAAAACAUGAUGGACCACAAAGGGAAGGAGACUAUUGGACCAUUAUGAAAGGAGAGGAAAAACUGCCUUUGUGGUGGGGGCCAGGGUUAGGUUUUCCCUAGGUUUUUUAGUCUCCCUUCAAUUUGUUGCCCAUAUGUUGUUCGGUAGAAUCAUCAUCCAGAAAAAUGAAACUAAAUACUUGGUUAUAGCUAAUUGGGGGGAAAGGGGGGGUCUCCUUUUAAUUAGUUGAAUCGGUUCACCUUAUUUUUCAGAACUCAGUAACUAAGUACAACUUUUAUGAACUCUGGCCAUCAUUUCACUCAAUUUACAAAGAUUUUCUAAUCUAGGAUCAUUCUCCCCACUCCUCCAAAAGGCUACAUUAUUCAUUCAAAAGACUUUAAUGCUUAUGGUAUUUUACUGUAGAUUCAUUUAAAAUAUUAAUUAAAAACAUAAGUUUCCUUGAUAUUCUUAGUAUCCACUCAGAACACUCAGACUUCUGCUUGUUUAUGGAUUGUUAUUAAAUUUUUAUGUAAAAUGAUCCUGUUUCCAAAAGUAUAAAUUUAAUUACUAAUCAGAUUUUCAUUUUGAAGCUAAAGCCAGCUUCUUCCAAUUAUUUAAGCUUUUUAUAAAUAAUGCUUGGGCAGGAUGCAAGAAAUAUUCUCAAGGAAAAAUCUUUUGGGAUAUCCUUAGUUAUAAGCUACUGAAUCAUGUCAAGAAAACUCACUUGAAAGUCUAAAUCAUUUGUAAAAAUUUAGGCAACUUCAAAAGUCUGCCAAAAUUCAGCUUCCAAAUAUCAGUUAUAGUGUAUAGUCUGAAUUCAAAAUCAUUUUCAAUAGUCUUUCCUGUCUAAUUUUCUUUUCAUUAUUCUUAGGUUCAACUUUUUUUCUAGAUGCCAGAGAUAUUUUGUUAAACACUAACUUUUUAGAAACUGUACAAUUUCUAUAGACUUUAUUCUUCCUCAGAGUUUAGGCAGAUUCCUUAAUACCUUUAGUAGAUCUGUUCAAUAUAUGUCUUAUUCCUGUUCUUCCCAUGGGCCAUUAAGCAUGUGUGAAUGUCAAUAAGUCCAAAAUAUUUUGUCAUAGCCUUACCUUGAAUGCGUUCAAAUAUGUCAGUCCCUUGCUCGGCCUUUUGGUAGAGACUCUACAUUUAUACUGAGUUGUCACCAAAUAGAUUCUCCCAGUACAGAACCUACUCUUUGUAAAUUAAGCACCCAUCAAGGGAGUCUCAAAUGGUUAACCCUUCCAAGUCAUUUUUGAUGACAUUUAAGAGAUGCCUAGCCCUUGAAGUACCACAUAGUCUGGCAACUGACCACUGCAGCCUGCAUUUCUAGGCACUGUGUUAAUUCUAGAACCUCAGUCUCUCCUUCUUUAUUAUGGAGUCAAAUCUAUGUGCUACUUCUAGUUUUAAAUCCUUCUUCAUGGAGGUCUUGCCUUCGGAAGUUCCCUCUAAUACUUGCUUUUGAGAAAUGGACAAUUGAUUAAAAAGGGAGGGAAACAAAAGGCAGAGAGAUAUCAGAUUCUUCAUUAGUCCCUUCACUGGAUUCUUGAGGUAGCAUGUUACAGUGAAAAUAGUCCUUUCUGACUUUGGAAUCAGAGAAACUAUGUUCAAAUUCCAGCUCUACCACUUACUCCUUUGUGAUCUUGGAUAAAUCAUUUCACCUCUCUUCUGGGCCUCAGUUUCCUCACCUUUAAAAAGGGAAAGUUGGACUGAUGGUAUCUAAGGUCCUUUCUAGUUCUAAACCUAUGACUGAUUUUAGAUUAAGCUAGUGCUAUUUUCACAGAAAAUGUAAAAUUGUGGAAAUGAGGUUUAAGUGAAAAUACAGUUUAGUGGAAAGACUACUAGACUCAUGAUCAGGAGAUACCUAGGUUUAAAUCAUAUCCCUAGAACUUUUGCCAGUUGGGUGGUUGUGGAGAACUCAGUUAAUCUUUCUAAACCUCAGUUUCUUCAUCUGUAAAAUGUGUGUAAGCAUAGCUGAUAUCCCUAAUCUCAUAGGAAUGUUGUGAGUUUCAAACAAAAUAACUUAUGGACAGUGCUUUAAGGUUAAUGAGCUAUGGAAAUAAUCAACUUUUUAUUAUAUGGGUGCUCAGGACUUGUAGUGAAAACUUCUAAGGCCUUAUGACAAAAUUAGUUGAAAAAAUUAUCCUUGGCUUAGCAAAAUGAUCCUAUAAAGAAACAAAUGGUGAGGCAGCUAGGUGACACAGUGGAUAAAGCACCAGCCCUGGAUUCAGGAGGACCUGAGUUCAAGUCUGGCCUCAGACACUUGACACUUACUAGGUGUAUGAUCUUGGGCAAAUCACUUAACCUUCAUUGUGGGGGGGGGGAACAAAUGGGAGGGUGUAUAUUUCACUGUACAUCAAAAAAACAACUUUUUCAUUUCAUUCACUUCAAUCUAAUAUAUGGGUUCAAUUGUAUUCAGUUUUAACUUUACACAAAAGGUUAUCAGCUCAUAAUCUCUCAGCUCUGGACACAAAGGGGAAUUCAAAAGAACAAGGCUCAGAGCAUUCAACUCUAAAGCAAAUGCCAUUACAAAAUUAAAUGUUCCCAAACAAUGCCCUAUAGACAUGGUACUUAGCCAGGAGCCAAUUAUAUAUUUUAAAUAUUUGUCAUCUCACAACACCAAAUCAUUAAAGAUGUCUGUAAAUAAUAAAAAUAGAAUAUAUAGUCAAUUAAAAAAUGAAGGGCCAGAGCCAUUGAUUGUUAAUGAUAUGACACUAUUUUUAAAGUCCUCCCUUCACCCAAAUGUCUUGCACUCUUGCCCAUCUUUGUUUGCAGGUGUCACUGAGCAUAUGCUUUCAUAUAUUUGAACUUGAACCAGGAAAUAAAUUUAGGUAAAGCCUAAAGAAGGCUAUUUAACAUCAUUAUUUUGGACACAUUUCAGAAACAUGCUCUCUCACACCUCCUCCCCCUCCACCAAGAGGAAGAAAAAAACUUUCUAAUCCUUAAGAUGAACAGAAAUUUUUUUUAAGAAAGAUGAAUGGAAAAUAGCCAAACUUUAAGUUAGUUAGAGUAUGAGGCUUUAGAUAAGACACUACAAUAUCCAAGGCAGUGCUCAUUUCAACCAAAUAGCCAAAUAAUCAAGU